UCGGGGCCGCCUCGGGAGGAAGGGGCCAUGGCGGCAGCCCGAGAGCCCGCGGGAAGCGCCGCCUCAGCUGCGGGCCAUCUUUAUCCUGUGGAUGUUAAAGACGAAAAGCCUGAAGUUCUAGAAGCAGCAGCUCGGGAAUAUUAUGAAAAACUUGUGGAACAACCUUCAUCAGCUGCUGAGUUCUUCUCGGUCCCAGGAAGAGAGAAAGUUAAAGUUGAGACUUCCUUACUGCGUUUCCUUCCUCUAUACAAACAAGACAAGAAAAGGAUGCUCCUGGUUUUAAAUGACCCACAGCGUAAGAACGCAGUUUUAGGCAUUUAUUUGCACAGUUCCUGGUGGCUUAUUGAAGAUAUAGUGAAGACAGCUGAUCUUUCCCGAGAAGGGCUGUUACAGGUCCAGACAUACGCUGAAAGAAUUGUCCUCUUUGUGCUUAACUACAUCAUUUUUGGAAUGCAAGAGAGGAGCUCGGCUUGGGAUGUCCUCUUCGUGCCUCAUUCUGAGAAGGAGAAUGCCAGAAUAUUUUGGAGGAAUGGAGAGGCAGCUGCCUUCUAUACGGUCAAAGCAAAAGGAAGCCUGUGCGAUGGAUACAGUGGCCAGUGCUACUUGCUCCCUGUACUGGACACGGUGUUUGUCCGAAAAAAGUUUAGAAGAUGCGGACUUGGGACAAAAAUGCUGCAUGAUUUUUGUCAGACGUUCGUAACUGAGGAUGCCUUGGGAAUCAGUCGCCCUAUUUCUGCUGACAUGUACCGAGUUUGUCAACGAUUCUUGGACACCCAUCUUGAAGAGCGGGCUCGGCUGUGGGAAGUGGAAGCGCCGGGGGACUGGAGCCAGCGCGUCAGUAUCUGGCUCAAGAUUCAGCUGGCACAAAAUCUUCCAAAAAAGGUUGACCAGAGCUCCCACGCAGAGAAGUUUCAAGAUGACAAACCUGGGCCAUCGGAGGACAGUCAGAUGAAGAAGAGAGCUGUCCAGGUUUCUGAUAUUCAGGUUUCGCCUGAUCAAGCAGAAGAAUUUAAAGACGACUCCGAAAAGCCGUUGGACUCACAGCUUUGCAUCGAGGAGUGCAUCAGUCAACAAGAAGGGGAAGUACAUCUCUGUGAGGAGCUGAAGAAAAGAAAGGGAGAACCAGCAGACGACCGAGUUCUUAAGCAGCUUAGAGUGGUGUCCCACGAUGAAGGGAGCUGUUUUUGAGCGGGUGCUCCCUGCAGACACAAGGGCGAUACUUGCCAGAUUCUUCUGAAGCACCUCCUGCUCUAGUGAGAUGGAGGAAAGCCGGGCUUUUUGCUUCGUGGAGGAGAUACUGAGUUGAAGACAGGCAGUGUGGUACAGUGGUUAGAGUGCCAGUCUAGUAUCUUGGAGAGUCAUAGAAGCUGGCUGGGCGGCAUUGAGCCAAUCACACACUUUAAGCCUAACUUACCUCACAAUGUUGUUGUGAGGAUAAAAUGGAGUGGGGCACUCUGGGUUCUCGGGGGGGGGGACUGGGGAAGAAGCAAAUAAUGAAAGAAGCAAAUGGGCAUCAGGGAAGCCCCUUGGCAGGUGCCACGGCAGCUGCAGGAACCAUGUGGGAGAUCACCAAUUUCAGUAUUGUUAUCAGCAGAGGAAAAGGUUGGGCUGUUCUUAGAGGGGAAAUUACAGAUGGAGAAAGGAGGAGGAAUUGAGGCAGAGAGGGGUUUGGUGUAAAUCUUGUCCCCAAUCUCCCGAAAGGAAUCGGUUUGCCUUCUUUUCUUAGCCUGGACCAUACCAAUAGAACAAGAUGGUUGGAUUCUGAGGGGGCAAAAUGGGCUGUACCAUUCCAGACAGCCUGUAGGAAGAGUUAUUUAUUAGUGUGUCUAAUGGGGGAAAUAAACCAACACCCUUAGCUGAUUAUAGAUUUCCCCACUUCACUACUAGUCUGAAAAAACAAUUCAAGGCAUUUAAACUUGGUGAUCAUAGAAGGGGGGAAAACGGUUUCUUUAGCAAGAAGCCUUGGUGCAGUCAAUUUUGUAACAAUGCAUACGGGAAAGCAUCAGCACCUGUAUUUUAUACCUUUCAGUCAACAUAUAAAAGUACGGUCCUAGAUCCAGAGGAGUUAGCUGUGUUAGUCUGUAGUUGCAAAAUAGUAGAGUCCAGUAGCACCUUUAAGACUAACCAUCUUUAUUGUAGCAUAAGCUUUCGAAAACCACAGCUCUCUUCAUCAGAUGCUACGGGCUUCUUUACUAUAUAGAAAAGUGUACAGUUCAUAGGAUUUCAUACAGUUCUGUAAACAAACAGCCAGUUCUUACUAACAGUGAAGUCGAAGUACAUGGUCUGAACAUGGUCUGAAAAAUAACUGGGAAAGGAUUUCCAAAGCUGAAGCUGAAUAUUUUUGGAUAUAAACAAUUUUUAACCUUCAGUGUAUAGUAGAAGCAUACCCACUGUACCCUUUUUUAUGGCCUCCAUGUUAUGAUAAAAAAAAGAUUGCAGGAAGUGCAAAAUCUAGGACAUAGAAGGAUUUUCUCACAAGCUACGAGCAGUCCUGAUCAAUGAGUUUUAACUGGAAAUAACAAGGCUACCUCAAAAUUCCCUAACAGUUCCCCCUAUGCAAAAAAAAUUUCUGCAAAUAAAACAUUAGGUUAGCGCAUCAGGGGAGAAGGGUUAUAGCCUGGCCCCUUACCUAAGGUGCGUUAAUUUCCUGUUGACAGGGAAUUACUAAUAUGGAGAGGGGGCUUUGAAAAAUGUAAUCCCUCAGUUGCAGGAUGGUUACAUUCUAUUCUCCCACCUCAUUCUGCUGCCUGCGCUGAUGCCUUAUUCCACUCGGAGCAAGUGAAAACAUUCUGCCAACAUAAGCUGUCCUCUGUAGGUCUCCAUAGAAGUAAGUCCUACAUUGUUCAAUGGGGACUGCUCCCAGGGAAAUAUUUUUAGGAUCGCGGCCUUAAUCUGUGAUUUUAAUUUCAAGUUUUUUUGCCACCAGUAGUGCUUGUUUUGGGUUUCAUUUUGUGCCUAUGUUUUUAUUUGUCUCAAGGAUUUUCUGUAUGAAAUACUUUAAAUUGCAGUUUUACUUUUAUGUAAAAGUGCCUCAAGUGACAGGUGCUAUCCAAGUUGGAUCUGCUAUACGAAUGCUGUCAAUAAAG